AGAAGAAAAACGUACACAACAGAGAUGGCGUCACCCGGCGAGGCAUCGGUGAAUGAGACACACGUGGGUAAAAAGAAGAAGCUGCCUGCUCGGUACUGGCAGGAGCUCCAGGAGGAGGAACGGAAGGAUGAAAACAAAGUUAAAAAAGACGGAGAACAGAGCAAAGAGGCUCUGCAGCAGGAGGAGGACAAGACACAGAAGGCAAAGAAGCGAAAACAAGACCAAAGUCCAAGUGAUGGAGAGAAAGUCAAGCCAGAGAAGUCUGAUCCAUUCCCAGGCCCUGCUCCUAUCCCAGAAGACAGAUUGCAAAAAUUCAAGAGGAAAGAUAAACUUAAAAAGCCUCACCGUAAGCAACACAAGCUGAGAGAUAUCAUAGCUCGCUCAGAAGAUGCUUCAGAAAUGGCCCAGAAACAAGCAGCACGGUUUGACCUUCUCCUCCCGGAGGAGGCAGGGUUUUUAGAAGGAGAUGAAGAUGAGGACACGUGUAUGAUCUCACAGGAGGAUAUUGCGGAGGCUGUGGACAUAACAUCUGGAGCAAAGUAUUUUAAUCUGAAACUGUCUCAGUUUGGACCGUAUCGAUUGGAUUACAGCAAGACUGGACGUCACCUGCUGCUUGGUGGGAGGAGAGGCCAUGUUGCUUGUAUAGAUUGGGCGUCCAAACAGCUGAUGUGUGAGAUAAAUGUGAUGGAGUCUGUCAAUGAUGUGAAGUGGCUUCAUACCGAGGCUAUGUAUGCAGUGGCUCAGAAGAAGUGGCUUUAUAUCUACGACUCUAACGGAAUAGAGCUUCACUGCAUCCGAAAAUUCAAUGACGUCCUUCGGAUGCAGUUCCUCCCCUAUCACUUUUUGCUCGCCACAGCGGUGAGUUCACAAUACAUGGUGACGUCUGGCAUGGAUAAGAAGCUGAAGGUGUAUGAUGUUAGAACCUUCAAGCCCCUAAAGUCAUACUUCCUUCCUGCUGGAGCUGCCUGUUUGUCACUGAGCCAGAAGGGACUGCUAUCUGCAGCCACGGGGGAUGUUGUUCAGGUGUACAAGGACGUAUGUAGCAUGCCAGUGACUAAACCAUACAUGGCUCAUAGACUUCGGGGAACAGUGUGGGGGCUACACUUCUGUCCCUUUGAGGAUGUCCUCGGAAUUGGGCACGGAGAUGGUUUCACCAGCAUGCUCGUCCCAGGUGCUGGUGAGCCUAACUUUGAUGGUCUGGAUGCAAAUCCAUACCGAAGUGCAAAGCAGAGGCAGGAAUGGGAGGUUAAAGCACUGAUGGAGAAGAUUCAGCCAGAUCUUAUCAGCCUUGAUCCCACUGAGCUGGCACAAGUUGACCAGGCCACCUGGGAGCAAAGGCAUCAAGACAGGGUUGAAGUUCUGGGAUUUGAUCCACUUGCUAAAGAAAAGUUUGUCCCCAAGUAUAAGAAAAAAGGUCGUAGUUCUGCAGGAGCCAUUGAGAGGCGCAAGAAACAAGUGGCUCAUGAGGAGCAGAGGGAUGUAAUCAGAAAAAGCGUGGAGGACAAAAUGAAGAUGGAAAAAGAAAGGAAGGAGCGAGAGCGGAAGAAGGCGGCGUUAUCCACCCAGAAAUCAGCUCUGGACAGAUUCAAGAAAUAGAAAAGAAACAUGCUUUGUGCAGCUGAAAGCCCAGUGGCAUUCUAUGGGAGUGACCUUUGAACUUUGCAUAAAGAACACAUUUUUUUGGUUGUUUCUUUCUUCUUUUUUUUUUUUUUGCACACAUAAUUCCACUGCAGGGAGCAAAACACCAACUGCUGAAACUCUGGGAAUAAGGGCUUGCAUUGUGACGGGCAACUAAUCAAUUUUGAGUGGAGCAGCGGAGGAAGCUAUAUUUGAUGUCUGUAGCCUGAAGUGCAUCUGAAGUGCAUCCUGUUUGCAUAGGCAGAUGUGCUAGCUGGCAUUGAUUUCACCCAGAAGUUUUAACCUUGUCAGAUGGUGUUCUUUCCUCUGAACUUGCUGAGCAUAUGUCAACUGUGUUAUAAUUAGGUAUAACUAAAUUCUAAAAAUAAACAACAUAAUGCCGAGCCUUUGAAUUGAGACUAUUAUUUUGAAAUCACGGUACUGUUAUUACUGAAUCCAAACCAAGCUGGAAUAUAUUUACCAUGAUUACAUCUUUGGGUGGAGUAAAAUUCCUUUUAUCAAAUUAGAACAGCAGAAAUUUGAUCAUCUGAGGAACUUUAAAGGUUUGGGUAUUUAAAAUAUUUUAUCAUGUUUUAAUUUGUAUGUGUGCAUGUAGCUGUUUUUCUAGGAUUCACAUUUUAC